UCCAAGAAUAUCAACAACGCCUCUCUCUCUCUCUCUCUCAAAAUCACCGUCCCAUAUCUCCGCCAACAGAGCUGUCUCCAACGCCUUCCCAUCUCGUGUGUCUUCUCUUCCAACACCACGUUCCUAUCGCUCUCAAUUCACCUUUUCCAGCUAUUACUUCUGAAUGGUAUAGUAUCGAUACGAAUUAAGGGUUUGAUUUAUCUUGGGCUAUUUGAUUCUGUUGAAUUUCGGACAAAAAAUGGAAACUUGUGGAAUUAGUCCUCGAAAAGAGAAGCAUGAUGACCCAGAUCUUCAAAAUUUUGAAUUGGAAUCUUUGGAGCAUGAUCAUCAGUUUCGUUCUAUGAGUGCUUUGGAGAUUUUGAGAGAAACUGUUCGAAUUCUUCGGUACAAUUCGAUGGGUUUCAUGGGUAUAGCAGCUUUGCUUAUAUGCCCAGUAUCGGCUGUUCUUUUAUCGAAUAUGUUGGUUGAUCAGUCUAUUGUGAAGAGACUGACUAUUAAGCUGUUAUUAGCUGCCAAGUCCAGUGGACUUCCUCUUAGGCCUUUUAUCAAACAGUCGUGUCAAAAGUUCUCGGAGAUGGUCAUUUCGUCCACAAUGUGCUUCCCUUUGUACAUCACAUUGUCGCUUUUGUCAAAAGCCGCGGUUGUUUACUCUGUGGAUUGUACUUAUUCGAGAAAGAAGUUCGACCCGUCCAAAUUCUAUGUAAUUGUUACCAAGAUUUGGAAGCGUCUUGUUUCGACGUAUUUGUGGGUUUGUAUGGUUAUUAUUGGUUGCCUUGCACUGUUUCUUGUCCUUCUUGCAACAGUGAGCAGCUUAUUUUCCAUAAUUGGGUUCAAUUCCAAUUCAAUUGUUUAUCCAGCGAUGCUGGUGGGUCUUGUCUUCUCAGUCAUGUUUGCAAAUGCUAUCAUAAUUUGUAACAUUGCUAUUGUGAUCUGUGUAUUAGAGGAUGUUUCGGGCCCCCAAGCAUUGUUGAGGUCUAGUUCAUUGAUUAGGGGCCAGACUCAAGUGGGUCUUUGGAUAUUUCUUGGAUCGACAAUUGGUUUGGCAUUUGUUGAGGGGUUGUUUGAGCAUAGAGUGAAGACACUGAGCUACGGAGAUGGGUCUUCAAGGUUAUGGGAAGGGCCUCUUUUGGUGCUUAUGUAUUCAUUUGUGGUGCUUAUUGAUUCGAUGAUGAGUGCGGUUUUCUUCUUUAGUUGUAGAUCUUACAGUAUGGAAGCUUCAAACGGAGAAGGUCAAUCAGUUUUAGAAGCCAUGGCCAUUUCCGCUGUAUCUAUGGACAUUCAAUGACAUCUGGUAUAUGAUCUGAAAAUCCUUCUCUGAGUAAAUCAUGGUUCUGCCACAGGGUGUUGAAACAUUCUUGCCAAUCUUCUUUCUUUGGCAAUGAGGAAUGGUGUAUUGGUGAACCUUCUUGUACAGUCAGGCCGAUAACAUUGUGUGGUUUUCAAUUCUUUGACAGGUAUAUGAUCAUAAAAGUGCAUCUUCAGGGAUCAACAAACUUAGGAGCUGAACGAUGACUUUUGAAAGUCUUGUAACUCCAAAAUUGUUGAACUCUUAAUUAUAGUUCUUUUGGAGAAAUCAUGGGCAUUACAAUUGGAUACCCUAUAUUUUAUUGUUUCCAAUUCAUAAUUAAUACAAAGUUUCUUGAAGUCA